AUGGGCGGUCGGGGCCGCUACGAGAGUAGGGCCAGCCGUGUAAGUCGCAGCGUGUUUGUGCUUCUGAUCGCGGCUCGGCUUAUCUCUCUAAACGACUUGUCUUUUUUUGGUACGACCUCGACGACCACUAGCCUUACGUUUAAUACUUCUAGCGUGUUUAGAACAAAUCUCUUGUUCGAUGAGGUGUUAGAAAUAUUAUCGCCGACCACGGGCAGCUACACGGAACAACAAGAGAGGCACGACCUCCUGCCGCACUUUUACGGGACGAGGAGUGAAAGUGACGACUUGGGGCAGCUUUUUACCUCCACGUUUACCACCGCCGCCGCCCGAGGGCAACAUCUUCAAAGUGCUCACACUCCGACUGCAAUGAACCAACAUAAUGCAGCAAAAAUUGCCACAAGACGUACCACCUCCGCCGGCACCACCAGAAGUUCUACAUCUUCUUGGGCCACCUCCGGCGGGCCGUUCUGUCUGGCAGCGAGGCCACGACAGCACGACGAAAUAAAUGGCGAGGAGGAACUACGAGCUUUGGCAAGCAAAGCAUCUACUUCGGGCCCUCGGCCGCAGAACGGGGACGUCGAGAGGACUACGCAGGAUGGUAUAUUUAGAAUGGGUCAAGAACUACAAGGUGAUUCCUUAGCGCCGCCGCCCGCUGCGGCGGCACUGACGUCGAGCCAGAAGAUGGAUGUUUCGACGAGCAGUCUAGGAACGUCGGACAAGAACGUUCAACAGCAGAUGCAUUCAGUUGCUGAGAGGACGGCGGACCAGUCGUGGGACCGAAGUCGUGGUGCGAAAAUAACUUCCACCUUCGCGGACACCCUGUACGAGCAAAAUUAUGACAGGACAAUGGUGGAAGAUAAUUUAUUUCACGGCGCCCACUUGCCUGGCCCCAUGCCUGGCGUCGGAGGAGGAUUCCCGAGCUUGCCUCCUUACUUGAUGGACGACAUGGUUGUUCCCGAUGCUAAGCCGAUGUACCUCUAUGGUGCAGCUGCCGCGGGUCAUAAUGUCACAGUUAUGCCACGAAGCAAAAAUAAUCUCCACCAUUUUUCGCCAAAAUCACACGAUGUUUUUUGUGAUAGGAAUUUUGUUGGCUUCUAAUAAAAUACUAUGACUAUGAUCUCCGAUUUUGUAGGUUCUAGGUUCCAAGCAUGAAUUUCUUCACGAUUGGUAAGUACAAACAUUUAGUCUUUGGGGUGAUCGUGUGAUUUUGUGUGUGUGAUUUGUGAUGCGAAAGCGGUAUAGAAGCAGAUGACGGGGCAUCGUAUACAUAAGGACGAUGAAAUGAUUUUCAUUUUCCACUUCUAGCGCCCCUUUGCAUGUUGUUCCUUUACCAAAAAAACAAACGCUUCCGCCAUAAACCACCCGCUUUGACGAGGUUAGAUUGCUUGCUUUGGAUAACAAGUAUGCCCUGCAAAUGUGUCUGGGUCUCCUGGAAGAGUCCGAGUUUGUCAUGCUAGGUUCGGGCGACACAAAAAUAUAGAUAUGUCAUCAGUGUGAGUAACAGAAUCAAAUAAAGCCAUCCACUUUUGCGCACCUAAGAAUGUUGACAUUUCUCUUCGAGGAUAAGCAAUGCGGACACGAAGCCUUGUCAAUGAAAAACCAUUCCAGACCUCCGGGGUGAUGCGAAACCUGACAGAUCUUGCAAGAACCUUCCAGAACACCAGACACAAAUUUGCAUUCGAUAAAAUUUGUGCAUCAGCACGGAGUAGAAAAAUUUAUACCUGGCUACACCUCGUCCAUGGCGGGUCCUGUUGCGGUUCCCACGUACCACCACCAGCCCGCCCAAGAUUACUACACCGACAGCGGUACUAUCACUAUGUCGGACGUGCACUUGCAGCAAGCGCUAACCCCGAAGUACCCCCUGGGUUUUAUUCCGACGGUCGGCUCCAGUAUGCCCGAGCCACCGACCCCGCCUCUGGUAGCAGCGCAAAAUAAACGAGCAAUGCUAGCAAAGGCCCACGACGAUGGUGGCGCGAGCAGUCGUGCAGCUGGAAGUAUGUUUGCAGGGGGACCACGAGCCGAAAGUAUAUCCGCUGACUUGGUGGAACAACAACAGGCCUCGUCUUUUGCGAGGGGAGCAGCUGGCCCCGCAGCUGCAGCAGAUAAUGCAAACACUGGUACUGGUGCCACUGGCUCUGGCAGCAGCUCAGACGUCGCUACGCCGGACCCACCCGCCGUGAUUGCGGGCAGGAGUUUGAAAACGGUCCAGGAGCAGAUUGCGGCGGCCGAGGAGCAAAAAUCCAGCAGAGUUGCCAAGUCUAAGGGGGGAGUGCAGCAAACAACGAAUUUAUUGAAACCCGCGGAGGCAGCCGCGAGGCCCAGCGCGGGCGAGCUCGUGGGCCGCGCCGGUGCACGACCCGGGCUCAAGCAGUUCGGUCCCCGGAGGUACUUAAGAAGUGAACAGAAUUAUUAUACUGCAUCAUGUUGAGUUUCUGUUUCUGUUUCUUCUCCUGCUGCAGUUGGUGCAUUUUAUUUUUUUCGUGUAGAAGUUUUAUAAUUAUAUCACAUAUUUGCGAUGCAAAAAUAAACACGCAAAAAAAUCUCAUAUCCCAAACAGCGCGCUAUGGGGCAGCCCAAGACAGAUUUUUUUGUGUAUAUGUCCUGCCAGCUUUUUUCUCUGGGAUAGGUUUUUCGACCAACGACUGUAGUGCUGGUUUUUCUACUUUUUGCCGAUCCAUGUGUCUUGCUCGGAUACUUACAACUACUUAGAAUUUUUUUACUUCAAAUGAAAAAUAUGAUCAGGUCUAGCAGCGAUUCGCCUGAUGCGAAAGAGGAGGUAUGUAUAGGGAAAAAAUGGUUCGCGUGCUGCUUCAAGUUCCAGCCUAUAGGAGACAGAAAAAUGUCUUGUCAGUAUGUGUCGUAAUUGAGAAGCUUGUUCCGUCUCGUUUGUUUCCGCACUGCUUAGAAAUCAUUCAAAAUCCAGCCUCCUGCAUUUUUUUGUCGUAGAAAUAAGUAAUGAACUUACUCUGCUUAGUUCCUGUGUCAUUUCCGGAAUCAACAUCGCGUUGUGCUGCCGGCGAAACUGUGCUUUCCGGAAUCAACAUCGCGCUGGGAAAUAAACUAACUCAACAGUUCUAGACACAUGACCGGUUCGACAUCAUGCCUGAUAUUUGAUCAUAGUAUUUUUGCACCGCGCGGCUUUUUUUCCCUUCCAUAACUACCCCUGGAAUUGAAGCAAGAGGAGCGAAAUUCCGACGAAGCUGCACAACUACACGGCGCGCUGCCACAGAAGCGUCAUCACGAGGGACGGCCACCGCGGCCUUCUGAGCAGGGACGGCCACCGCGCCCUUCCGAUCGGGAGCCGCAGGCAGAAAGUUUUCUGCGGCAGCAACCAGGCACUCUGCCCGGAGGAGGACUACAUGUGACAGAAGCCGAACGAGAGGUAUAUAUUAAGCGCCUGGUUGUUCUUCAUGAAAAAAGAAGUAGAGAUAGUACAGAUCUAGAUCAUGUUUUGUCGACCACAGCGCAGUUAUAUGGUUUUUAUAACUUCCUUCAUCUUCUGCACUCUCGUACAAUAAAAUAACAGCAUUUGAUGGGCAUGAGCAAGCGGCAAGCGGUCUUGCUGGCUGGACAGCAAGCGCGUCGCGUCAAGGAGCGAGGGUUCGAGGCCCCCGACGGUGGUCGGCGGCAGAACCGGCGCUUGCCAACCAUCGAGUCGGCCAUGUAUCGAAUGCAAAUACCGAUCUGGGUCUGGAAACCACGAAACCUGUGAUCAUGCUGAAUCGAUGAUGCUGCUAUAUGCAAUACAGAGGAUAUUUUAGCUUGGGGAAAAUAAUAAAUGCGGCACACGCGGCAAUACAGGGUUUGCACCUAUGUCCAGACCCAGAUCGUUACUUUCAAUGCAUACCAUGAGUAUGUGCUCGAUUUCUUCGGGCGGGAAAAGCAUGGAGCGCAAGCGAACCUGCCUUGGAAUCGAGCAGAAUUACAAGAACCUAGUGCACCACCAGCACAAGCAAACCAUUCGGCAACACGGCUUUGCUGACCCCGCCGGCGAGCAGGUGCAGGUGGGUCCUCCACCUUUAGCGCCAUGUGCAACAGCACCAACUGGGGCCAUCGCUAGCGUCGGAGGAAUGGCUCCGUCCUCGUCCUCUACCUCCCGGGCAGUUGCUCACCAGCAAGAACAUCACCCCGAUAUGCAUUGCAAAUAUUCCUGGACGUCUGGAAGAAUGGGAACUUGAACUUGUAAAGAUUUUGCGUGUUGCGGUUCACACAAUCUGUGUUGCCUGACUUGCAAAAGAUGUCUACUUCUGGCCAUGCUGGGAGGGCGGGAUUUCUCAUGGAGGAUGGGUACUUAUCACCAAGCGGCUGCAGAAGCUGUGAAGAUGCUAGGACGUGCAUAAUAUUUACAGACUUUUGUGUAGUUUGGAAAAAUUGCAUCACAAUCUUCCAGACCCAUAUCGAUAUUUGCAUUUGAUACUCGAGCCUGUGGUCCAAAAGUUCCGAGCGGAGGCGGUGGCUCUGGAAGAGCUCCGGCGUGCGCUGCACGCAGAUCCGGAUCUCGCCCGGCACAACAGGACCUCCACCACGACUUCCCGUGCAGCUCGUGCGCAGUCAAUACUAAACUCGAAGUCCGCCACCUGCUUCACGACCGGAAGCAGAUCCUCCACGCAAGUGGAGGAGCAGCGGCCGCCCAAGAAGGCACUAUUUGUAGAAGGCGCUUCAGGUGGUGGAAAUAAAGUUGGAGUUCGUCACCUAGUGCCACCAGCUACUACUUCUUCCAAUUUAGCUGCGCUACAAGAGGAGCACCCAGCUGCAAUGGACGAUGUUGUUCACCACCACCGCCAGGAGGGGGCCUCUCCUUCAGCUGUACGAAAACCUCCUUCAGUUGUACCACAACAAGAACUUAGGACUUCUGCCUCGGCGCAGGCGGUGGGCGGUCGCGCCAAGAAGACCAGGGGCGAGCGCGAAACUAUUCCACCGCAGAGCACUCCUACGAAAAUAAACUACGAUCAAGAGGACGACGACGAGCCGAUGCUUGAAGCAGCAGCGAAUGACAGUACUUCUAGAAGCCGGGGAGGCAGGAGUACUACCAGCAACGCUUCGAUGUCCGUGCAAAGUGGCGGGAGUCAUCGCUCGAUGCUGAGCGAGCCCGCGCAAGAACGGAAGUCGCCCGAAGAUGAUCCACCUGAGGGAGCAGGUUUUGGCCCCGCGGCAGCGCAGCAGAUCAAAUCCCGUGCAGGACCAGCGGCGGCGGAAGGUCCCAGUUCGGUGGGAGCAGGAGGUCUUUUACCUGCAAUUUUCAAAAAUAAAGGCCGCACUGACAGCAAGAAGAACUUCGUUCAAGGCAGCAGCACGACCCCUACCAAUGGCAAAAAUACAUCUUCUUCUACAGGAGGAUCACGACUAGAAGCAGGUGGACCACGACAGCCUGGUCUUGUUUUGUUUCCGCCGGUGGUAGAACAAGCUCUGAAUGACCGCAAUGGAUUGCCACACUUUCAGACGCGAUCAAAGCAGUUCGAGGUGGACCCAACUGUUUUUACACCAUCAUCUUCGUCCUCGACGACGCGCGGUGGACGCAAGAACAACAAGGCUCCAGUUUAUUUUCCGCUCCCAGCCGUUUGCCCCCGCCCGCCGGUGGCGGAGCAGGAAGUAGACUCUUUCUUCAAACUUCGAAAGGCGGAGACGCCGUGGGAUGGUGACGCGUGGUUUCUUGUGCGGGCGAAAGCGUUGGCCAACGCGGACUCCAACGCGGCCGAGCUGGCGGCCCAGCCGCUCCCUCCGCGCGCGCGGGAGCCCCGAC